AUGCUCGUCAAUGCGGGCUUCAUGAGUGGCGCAGGAGUGAAGGCGAUAGUGCCAGCGCUGAUAGCUAACACUGUAUGGGUUGGUGGGGAGUUUGGUUCAUUGUUCUUGACUUCACCGUGGUGGGCCAAGACUGCCCUCUACACGACGAGUUUGGGCUUUGGUGUGGUACCGUUGAUUUGGUAUAUCGGAUGUCGCUUGAGAGACAUUAGUAAAAGUCAUGGUGACAGAGAGCUCGCUGGGAGGUUCCGCCUGAUAGCCGACUUGACGGUGGUGACACUAUCGCUGUACCCAGUGGCGUGGCUGCUCACUGACGGUCUUGGUAUCGUGAAUGCUGGGACUACCUCGUAUGCUACUAUGAUGAGUGGAUUGGACCUUCUAUCGAAUCAAAGUUUCAUGAUCUGGGAGGACGUUGACAUGAAGGAGAACCACGAAGGGGCAUUGGAGGUGUAUACCCCUCCUAUUCCUAAGGUGAGUCUGGUUGUCAUCUGA